AUGGCUUACAACGAGAAUGUCGAGGCGUUUCGCGAUGUCGAGUACCCUAUGAUGAGAGGCAAGGUGUAUCUUGAUCAUGGCGGCACGACAAUCUAUGCAAAGUCCCUCAUUGAAGACUUCUCCCAGAAGAUGAUCCACAACCUGUAUGGCAAUCCACACUCCGCCUCAGAUCCAGCCAUGCUCUCCGGUCACCUGGUAGACUCGAUCCGCAUCCAAGCACUCUCUUUCUUCGGCGCAGAUCCUGAGCACUUCGACCUCGUAUUCACCGCAAACGCAACUGCAGCUAUCAAGCUUGUGGCUGAGGGUUUCCAGGACCUGGCGGCUAGCAACCCACGAUCACCUUCGUUCUGGUAUGGCUAUCACAAAGAUGCGCACACUAGUCUUGUUGGAAUCCGUGAGAUGACAGACCAAGGAAAUCAUUACUGCUUCACUAGUGAUGAUGAGGUAGAGGAUUUUUUGAAUGGCAAGGUUGGCCCGACAGGAAAGCUGCACAACACCGAGGUUCUGCCCGCGUUGUUUGCCUACCCAGGUCAGUCGAACAUGACUGGACGACGCCUCCCACUAGAAUGGACUCAAAGACUUCGCCAAUCCAAUUUGCAAUCACACCAGAAUACUUACUCUCUCCUGGACGCCGCCGCACUGGCAAUGACGACCCAGCUUGACUUCAGCGAUCCAGACACCGCACCAGACUUUACCUCUGUAUCCUUCUACAAGAUAUUUGGCUUUCCUGACCUUGGAGCUUUGAUUAUCCGUAAGGACUCCGGCCACAUCAUGAAGUGGAGAAAGUAUUUUGGUGGCGGUACGGUAUGUCCAACGCUCCGCUCUGCCCCUUCUCAUCCAUUCCUGUGGUUUUGCUUGGUAGACAUGCGACUGACUUACACCAAGGUGAACGCUUUGACCGUGAUGCACGAGGCUACAGUACAGCGAAGAGAUGCAAACCUGCAUGACGGACUGGAAGAUGGCACUCUCCCUUUCCACAGCAUCAUCGCAUUGGGCUGUGCCAUUGGGGUACAUCGUAAACUUUACGGCUCGAUGAUCAAUGUCUCGCAACACACCUGCUUCCUCAUUCAUCGCCUUUUCCAUGGCAUGAACCAGCUGACCCACUACAACGGCAAUCCUCUCUUCAGAGUCUACUACGACCCGGAGAGAUCAGCUUAUGGUGACGCGAAGACGCAAGGAGCCACGCUCGCUUUCAGUGUCUUGAAGGCUGACGGAACAUUCGUCGGCCACUCUGAGGUAGAGAGCAAGGCCAAUGAACGAGCAAUAUAUCUGCGAGCUGGCGGUCUAUGUAACCCUGGUGGGAUUGCGAGUUAUCUUCAGAUGGAGCCAUGGCAAUUCAAGCGUGCCUGGUCUGCAGGUCACCGUUGCGGAGACCGCCAUGUCGAGGUGAUUAACGGAAAACCAAUGGGUGUUGCCAGAGCCAGUAUUGGAGCCAUGACGACCAUCUCCGACGUCGAUGCACUGCUCGCCUUCUUUGACGAGGUCUUCGUGGAGAACCUUGAUCUGGUGAUGCCAAUGGCAAGAGCAGAGGUGUUGCGCCAUAAGAACUUCGCAGCAUUGAACAUGAACCUUAGAAGUGAUAGUGGGAUUGGUUCGGUAAAGAAUCUCGCUCGGUUCCAUGUGCCAGGCCAGAUCAACGCCCGGAGGAUGAUCAGUUCUCCGAAUCUGAGAGCUCCGGUGCAGACAGAUGGGCGUAUCUACCUUCGACCCUCACUUCACGAGCAUCGGCCGAACACUGGUACGACCUACGCUAGCCACACGAGUGUAGCAGCACUUGCUCAUCGUCCGCCUCCCUUAUCGUACAACGGAAACUUGCAGCAGCAACGAGCAGACACAGCUCGGACCAUGAUGGUGCCAAUCGAGGGUUUACGAUUACCCGAAAGCUAUGAUGGAAGCUUUAACGAGCAUGGCUUCAGCAGAGAGUUCCACCCGUUGAUGCAAAGCCAAACACAACAGCAACUGAACGUGGACUCGCAGAAGGGACGCAAGAAAUUCAAAUUCUGGAAGUGCAAGAAAGCGACGAAAGCACGCCGAUGA